AUGGCGUCGCGUUCGGCGAAAACAAUGUCGGAAGUAGCCCUGGAUGCCCUUUCGGAUCGGUUUAGGAACACGCUUGCCGGCGGAGAAAAGGACGGCGGCGGCGUCAGCGUCGACAAGCCGGACUUCCGGGAGCUCGAUCUGUUCUCGCCGGCAACGCCGCUCCGAACUCGUAGCGCCGGCGUACUUCCCACCGCCGCCGCCGCCGCGGCGGCCACCACCGUCACCGCUACCAGCAGCAGCUCCAGCUCAUCCGGAUCGGUCACGGGCCGUACCUCGGCUGUCCCCAACUCGCAUUUGCCCCGGAGAUCCGGCCCCGACCCUAACAGCCACUCAGGCGAGCUCUCCGUUGAGAGUUCCCCGUCGUCAGCUGCCCGGAGCUUCCGGCCUGGCCACACCCGGUCCCGCUCCUGUGGGUCCCACCACCUGUUAUUCUCCGGAUCGGGUUCCGUCAGCUCCACUCCUACCAACGUGGUCCCCACCGGGAACAUCUGCCCUUCUGGCAGGGUCCUGAAAUCCGGAAUAGUGAACCGGGCCACGAAGCCCGAUGUCCUCGGUUCGGGCUCGGUGAAUUACGGCCAUGGCAGCAUAAUGCGUGGUGGUGGGCUUUCAUCCAAGCCCGGUACGGAUGGUGGGUCCACCAAUAAUCACUCGAGAGGGCUCGUGAUUGGCGGGGAUAUGGGAAGAAGGACGGCGAGUGGGGUUUGCAGUAAUAAUAAUAGUGAUCCUGAAGAAUUAAAGAAGAUGGGGAAUGAGAGCUACAAGAAUGGCCAUUUUGCGGACGCUUUGACAUUUUACGACAAGGCGAUUUCUAUUUCUCCGGCUAAUGCCGCCUAUCAUUUCAAUCGUGCAGCGGCAUUGAUGUGUUUGAGGCGGUUGGUUGAGGCUGUUAGAGAAUGUGAGGAGGCAAUAAGGCUCGAGCCGGGGUACCUGAAGGCUCACCAUCGAUUGGGAUCUUUGUUCCUUAGUUUAGGACAGGUUGAAAAUGCGAGGAAGCACAUUUGUUUUUCGGGUCACCAACCGGAUCCUGUUGAAUUUCAAAAGUUACAGUUAGUGGAGAAGCAUCUGAGCAGGUGUGCUGAUGCCCGAAGAGUUGGCGACUGGCGAAGUACUUUGAGGGAAGUCGAUGCCGCCAUUACCUCUGGAGCCGAUGCUUCUCCUCAGCUGUGUGCAUGCAGGGCAGAAGCUCUCUUAAAGCUCCACCAACUCGAUGAUUCUCUUUCGGCCAUGUCAAACAUUCCUAAAUCCGAGCCUUCCAUUAGUCCUCCUCAUCCUCCCCAGAAGAUUUUCGGGAUGAAUUUUGAAGCAUAUGUAUUAUAUGUCCGAACCCAAGUGGAAUUGUCAAAGGGAAGGUUUGAAAGUGGUCUAUCAGCUGUAGAGAAAGCUAAAGAGAUGGACCCACACAAUGUUGAGAUCUCAACUUUAGUCAACAAUGUGAAGUUGGUGUGCCGAGCUCGUGCCCGUGGAAAUGAUCUAUUCCGGUCAGAAAGGUUCACCGAGGCUUGCUCGGCUUAUGGAGAAGGUCUGAGGCUCGACCCCUCGAAUUCUGUUCUCUACUGCAAUCGAGCGGCUUGUUGGUAUAAGCUCUGUCAAUGGGAAAAAUCGGUGGAUGACUGCAAUCAAGCUCUUCGUAUUCAGCCUAAUUACACUAAAGCUCUGCUUCGGAGGGCUUUGUCUAACAGCAAGCUCGAACGGUGGAGUGAAAGUGUGAGGGAUUAUGAGGUUUUGAGAAGGGAACUCCCGGAUGACAAUGAAGUUGCCGAGUCUCUAUUUCAUGCGCAAGUUGCACUUAGGAAAUCGCGUGGAGAGGAAGUGUACAACAUGAAAUUCGGUGGUGAAGUUGAGUCAGUUUCUGGUCUCGACCAAUUUCGUGCUUCAAUUUUGUCGUCCGGCGCAUCUCUCGUUUAUUUCAAGACAGGUUCCAAUGCACAGUGCAAGCAGAUAUCGCCCUUCUUGGAUGUAUUAUGCACGCGAUAUCCGUCCGUUAAUUUUCUGAUGGUAAAUGUUGAAGAGAGCCCUGCAAUUGCACAUGCGGAGAACGUGAAUAUAGUGCCGACAUUCAAGAUUUACCGAAAGGGUAUCCGAGUUAAGGAAAUGGUGUGCCCGAGCCCAGAGGUUCUCGAGUCAUCUGUGAGGCAUUACAGUAUUUGA